CUUUCGCAAACAUUGGUAGCUAUAUAUUAAAUUUAUUACCAUAACAAAUUACAGAAUACAUUAGGACUGAUAAUGAAGACUGUAAUAGGUCUACUGUUUAUCUUCGCAUCGAUAUGUUAUUUGGAUGCGAAAAGAAUAAAAAAAAGGUCAUGCAUCUGUACAGAACUAUACAGUCCUAUAUGUGGUACUGAUGGAACCACUUACACGAAUAAAUGUUUUUUCAACUGCGCCAAAAAUAGCCACAAAAAACAUGGUUCCACAAAAGACAUAUAUAUAGCCUAUGAAGGAAAAUGUAGUGACUCAUGUAUUUGCAAGGAUAACUAUUCUCCGGUAUGUGGCAGUGACGGCAAAACGUACCCUAAUAGCUGUUAUCUUAAUUUUAAAAGUAAAGAAAUAGAAAAUGACUGUAAAAAUAACGGAGACGAUCCUGAUGAAAACAAAUUAAUAGAAGCAUAUAAAGGUGAAUGUUCCGACGAAUGUUUUUGCACAGAUGAAUAUGCACCAAUUUGCGCUAACAACAAUAAAACUUACUCGAAUUCCUGCCAACUAGAGUGUGAGAAUAAAAAAAGAAAAAAUAAUAAUUUACCGCCUCUUUUGGUUAAAAGUGACGGUCAAUGUCCCAAACCAUGUAUCUGCGAAGGAAUGUAUCAACCGAUAUGCGGUGACGAUGGGAAAACUUAUGCCAAUGUUUGUAGUUUAGGAUGUAUUAAUGAAGAAAGACAAAAUAAUAACCUUCCACCAAUAAGUAAAAGGAGUGACGGAAAAUGUCCGAACAUAUGUAAAUGUCCAAAAAUAUAUAAACCAGUAUGUGGAAAUGAUGGCAAAACAUAUCCAAGUAAUUGCAAUUUAAAAUGUAUAAACAAAGAGAGAGAAGGAAACAAGCUGUCACCCAUUAGAGAAAUCAGUAAGGGCGAGUGUCCAAAAACAUGUGUAUGCCCUUUUAAUUAUUUACCUGUAUGCGGUUCUGAUGGAGUUACUUAUUCUAAUGAAUGUUUACUUAAAUGUGCAAGUAAGGACAAUGAAAAGAAAAACUUACCACCUAUAACUGUUGUAAAUGAAACGUCAUGCCCAGAAUCAUGUCUGUGUCCAUUAAUCUAUGAGCCAAUAUGCGGUGACGACGGCAAAACAUAUUCCAGUAGUUGUGAACUGAGAUGUAAAAAUAAAGAAAGAGAAAUAAAUAAAGAACUACCAAUUAAAAAAGUCAGUGAUGGGGAAUGCUCAAAACCAUGUCGUUGUCCAAAAAUUUAUAGUCCCGUGUGUGGUGAUAAUGGUGAAACAUUUUCUAAUAACUGUGAAUUAGAAUGUGAAAACAAAAAACGCCAAGCUAAAAAUGAAUCACCAAUAGCUGUGGUAAGUAAGGGAAAGUGUCCGGAACCUUGUAUUUGCCCAAAAAUAUUCGAACCUGUAUGUGGUGAUGACGGAAAAACUUAUUCCAGCAGUUGUGAUUUAGAUUGUGUUAAUAAAGAAAAAGAAAAAAAUAAUGAAGCACCCAUCCUUGAGGUUUCCAAAGGUGCAUGCCCAGAUUCCUGUAUAUGUCCAUUAAUAAUUUCAGAGCCUGUUUGUGGAAGCGACGGUCAAACUUAUCGUAGUGAAUGUGAAUUAGACUGUGAAAAUAAAAUAAGAAUAGCAAAAGAUGAAUCACCUCUCUCUGUUAUUAGCAAGGGUGAAUGUCCAAAAGCUUGCGCGUGUCCUUUAAUAGAUCUUCCUGUUUGCGGUUCGGAUGACGUCACAUACCCUAACGAAUGUUCACUUAACUGUACAAGUGCAGAUAAUGUAAGAAAAAGUUUACCUGCUAUUACUGUGAAAAGCCAAGGAGAAUGUGAAGAGUCAUGCAUAUGUUCAACAAAUUAUGAUCCUAUAUGUGGUUCAGAUGGUGUAACUUACUCCAACGAGUGUCAACUAGAAUGCAAAAAUAAAAAGCGAAUCAAAAACUCCCUAGAUAGAAUAGAUAUUGUAAAAAAAGGAAAAUGUAAUGGAUCCUGCAGCUGUCCUGCAGAUGUCAAUCCAGUAUGUGGCAGUGACGGACAAAGUUAUCCCAAUGAAUGUCAAUUAGUAUGCGAGAGCGAUGAUUUGGUACGACAGGGGCUUUCAGCUUUAGAAGUCAUCGAAAGUGAUCUUUGUGAAGAAUCAUGCGAAUGUUAUAACGCAAUUAUACCAGUUUGCGGGUCAAAUAAUAAAUCUUACAGAAAUGCUUGCUAUUUAGAUUGUGCCAACAGAAACAGAAGAGGCAAUGAAACAUCAAUUACGAUAAAAUAUAGUGGUGCAUGCAGAAGUUGCACUUGCACCCGAGAACUUAACCAAGUGUGUGGUAGCGACGGUAAUACGUAUAAUAAUCCUUGUCUUUUAGAUUGUGAAAGUGAAAGACUAAAAGGAAUAGGAAAAUCACCUCUGUAUAUUAUUCACUAUGGCGACUGUCAAGGAUGUGAUUGUUCAAAUGAAUACGAACCUGUCUGUGGAACUGAUAACAAUACAUACACAAACUUAUGUCAAUUACAGUGUGAAAGUAACAUUAGACAACGUGAAAAUCAGAAAGAGAUAGCUCUCCUCAGCAAAGGAACAUGCCCAGAGAGUGAUUAUGAUUGUGAAAAUUGCCCUCUUACGUACCAACCAGUUUGUGGUAAAGAUCUUGUAAGCUACUGGAACGACUGCUGGUUUAAAUGUAGUAAUAAAUGUAAACUGAGUCGUGGGGAAAAACCUAUCCCGAUGGCUAAAACUGGAUGCUGUUAAUGUACUAUUUACACGAAUUUUUUAUUUCUGUUUAGACCUUGACAAAAAUAUUUAUUUGAAAUUAUAAAAGUUUUGUUUGAAUUUGUUCGUCGAAUGUUAAUAAAGAUUAUAAUUUUGCUUAUAAUAAA